AUUUCAUGAAACUAAAAUUUAUUGGUUAUUUUUGUCUAAUUCAGCUGAGAACAUGAUUUGUAGUACUAGGUUCCGAAUCCCUGGAGUUUAAUCAUCACCCUGGUUGUGAUCUCAGAGACAGUGGCGGACGUACAGGAAAUCGUUAGUUGUAUGUCACGUUCUAUGUGUCUGACAGAGGAAAUUCUGGAGAUAUUGUAUUGCUGUUCAUCUAUUUUGUUGGUGAUGAAAUUCCUCAACAGAAGUGCUGUGUGGAAUGAGUACAAAAUUACUGAGAGAUGUUGAGAUGCAUUACCGGUUGUUCUAUGCCCUGUAUCUGUUUGAGAAUUCCUCAGUGGCCCAUUAUGGAGAUCUAAAGGCAGUUACCAAUGGAGGUCAACAGAGCAUUACCAUUUACAGUCGAUCAGAUACAGUAGUGAAAUUAACUCAUGAACAGCUACGCAUUGUUAACCACAAUGUCCAGGCAGGGGAAGUAAUCAAAAUCAUUGCUUUUGCAGGAACCGGUAAAACUACGACCCUGGUACGCUACACCCAGAUGAGACCUUCCAUGAAGUUCCUGUUGGUUGUUUAUAACAGGUAAAACAUAACAACAUUCAUACAGUCCUUAUUUUAUGUUCUGUUACAAUG